AAGCGCCGCAGCCGCCGCUGGCGCUUCCCGCUCGGCGCUCGCCGGUGGCAGGUAGGUGCUACUGGCCUGCUAGUCAAGUGAACUUAAUACCUCAUGGAAAGAACACACAGUUGCAUGGCGUGUUCUGUGGGAUGCUUCUGCGGGAGAGAUGUUUCUAGAGAUGGGCACAAGAGAAACCCCUGACUUUCUGCUGUAUGGCUAGGUCCUGGUGGUUACCCUUGAUCAAGCUCAUGGUAAAGUAAAACUUCAGGAAGUUUACCUCUCCUCCUGGUGAAGGAUCUGUCUGUGAAGCCGAGAGUGAGGAAAGGUGUAGUACAGGCCUUAUGUGCCUUCAUUGCCUGGUUUCGGUGGAAGAACGGAAAAUGAAGCUCUAAUAAGCACAUUCCGUGAUACGGUUUUGGCCCGUGCCAGCUAGCACACCCCCAGAUGACACCUGUGGCGGGAUGGCGAGGGACUGUUCUCAGCAGGCAUUAUUGAAAAGGUGACAUUGGUGACGGAAGAAGAACAAGAAUGAUUACAUAUCCAUAACUCCCAGCAGCAUGUCAGGGUAUAUACCCAGUUACUUAGACAAGGAUGAGCUAUGUGUAGUAUGUGGGGACAAAGCCACCGGAUAUCAUUAUCGCUGCAUCACUUGCGAAGGUUGCAAGGGUUUUUUUAGAAGAACCAUUCAGAAAAACCUCCAUCCAACCUACUCCUGUAAAUAUGAAGGAAAAUGUGUGAUAGACAAAGUAACAAGAAAUCAGUGCCAGGAAUGUCGCUUCAAAAAAUGUAUCUUUGUUGGCAUGGCAACAGAUUUGGUGUUGGAUGACAGCAAGAGGUUGGCAAAAAGGAAGCUGAUAGAAGAAAAUAGAGAGAAGAGACGUCGGGAAGAGCUGCAGAAAACCAUUGGGCACAAACCAGAGCCGACAAAUGAGGAAUGGGAGCUCAUCAAAAUUGUUACUGAAGCACAUGUGGCCACCAAUGCACAAGGAAGCCACUGGAAGCAGAAAAGGAAAUUUCUGCCAGAAGAUAUUGGUCAGGCACCAAUAGUUAAUGCCCCAGAAGGUGGGAAAGUGGAUUUAGAAGCCUUCAGCCAGUUUACAAAAAUUAUCACACCAGCGAUUACAAGAGUGGUGGAUUUUGCCAAAAAGUUGCCUAUGUUUUGUGAGCUGCCAUGUGAAGACCAGAUCAUCCUUCUGAAAGGCUGCUGUAUGGAGAUAAUGUCCCUCCGAGCAGCAGUUCGCUAUGACCCCGAGAGUGAGACUUUAACACUGAAUGGGGAGAUGGCGGUGACAAGGGGCCAGCUGAAAAAUGGGGGUCUUGGCGUAGUGUCCGAUGCCAUUUUUGACCUGGGUAUGUCACUUUCUUCAUUUAACCUGGAUGACACCGAGGUUGCCCUUCUUCAGGCUGUUCUGCUUAUGUCAUCAGAUCGCCCAGGCCUUGUUUGUGUCGAGAGGAUUGAGAAGUGUCAAGAGGGUUUCCUCCUGGCAUUUGAACACUACAUUAAUUACAGAAAACACCAUGUUGCACACUUUUGGCCAAAACUGCUGAUGAAAGUGACAGACCUGCGAAUGAUCGGAGCGUGCCAUGCCAGCCGCUUCCUGCACAUGAAGGUGGAGUGCCCCACAGAACUCUUCCCUCCAUUGUUCCUGGAAGUGUUUGAGGAUUAGAGACUGGAGCAGUUCUCCACACCCCCAUCACACUACUGGCUGUCAUUUCAUCCUGUUGUCCAUCUCUUCUCACCUCUGUUUGUUCUUCUUCUUUCAUCUCUUAUGUUUCUUGAGGCGGGGUUGGGUUUUCAUUCAGUUUUUCUUCUGGGGUUACUGGGGGCAGUUGUAUGCACAUGGAUGAAAACAUCCCUUUAACGCGAGUACUUGUGACUUUUAACUAUUGCAAUUUGUUCUUUGGUCCUUUGAUGUGAAUGCUUUGACAGCUUAACAGUGAAAAUACAAACAAACCAGUCUCAUUCACCAGCACUAGCGUGGUCACCAGCUCACACAUAUCAUUGCUUGGAAACUAUGGGAGAGAAAUUGAAGUGGCAGAAAAUAAAUUGGCUUCCAAGGUAAAACAACUAUUGUUAAUUUGACCCUGACAAUUCUGUCUAGUAUUACCUCAUUUUGUAGGUCACAAGUGACCUGAGAUGACAAUUUCUAGUCUUCAUGGUUUUUCCUAUUGUAACAAUCACCAUUAUGAUCUAAGAUCUCCAUCAUCAUCAUAAUCACAUUAUUACUUGAGGAUUGUUCCGGCAGAUACAGUUUAACAGUGCCUCAUAAAUCAAAUACUU